AUGAAAAUUGAAAAGAAUAUCCGUCACAAAUCCAAAAAGACGACACGAUUCAAAGUCGUAUUUAAUAACACUUUCUUAUCAGAUGUUCCCGUUUACGAAACAGAAACCAUUCCACAAUUUCACGAAAAGGAACAGAAGUGUCAACAGAAAGAAGUGUUUGAUUGGUUGAAGUGGAGUGGUGGGAAAAAGGGAAAAACCGCAACUUAA